AUGUCAAUCAAGAGACUGUUGGUCAUCAACCCGAAUGCAUCGCCCGCAAUAACUGAACUUGUGAAGUCAGGCACUGACAGUCACUUGGGCCCGAACAUUAUUCCAACCUACUGGACUUGCCCUGAGGGCCCGGCAGUCCUGACGAGCCAAGCUGAUAUCGAUAAAAGUACCAAACUAUGUCUCCGAGAAUUGAAGCCGAUGAUUGAAGAUUAUGAUGCUUUCUUACUGGCCUGCUAUGCCGAUCAUCCAUUCAGCGCUGCUUUGAAAGUCGAGGUGGGUUCCAAACCUGUUGUAGGGGUUUUUGAAGCAAGUGUCAACGCGGCAUUGGAGAUUCUGCAGCCUCCCAAGCGGUUUGUGAUCAUGACAACGGGAAAGGCAUAUGAAAAGCAAUUGAGUGACGGCGUGAAACGGCUCCUGGGAGAAUCAAAAGUCCAGUCAUAUUUCGCCGGAGCUGUCUCAACAGGCAUUUCACCACCCGAUACCAUGCCUGAAAUCUCAGAAACAGCAAGACAGAAGGUACGAGAAGGAGUGAAAAGGUUGAUGAGCAACGAUGAGAUUGAGGCAAUCUGCAUGGGAGGAGUGAUUCUAUAUGGGAUGGAAGAUUUUGUCAUGCAAUCGUGUCAAGCAGAACUGGGAGCCGACACCGCCCGAAAGAUAGUGAUCAUUGAUCAAUUGGAAGCUGGUGUCGCUAUGCUCAAACACGAAUUGAAAAUUGACAUAUGA